AUGGGCGCUGCUUAUGCGGACCAGACCAAGGGGCCCAGGAUCCUGGGUGUCUUCUGGGCAUUCUACACCGUCAGCGUAUUCAUGGUCACCGCUAGACUGUACAUUCGGGCGCGAUGGCUGAGGAACAUUGGCCUUGACGACUACAUCAUUGCGGUAUCCAUGGUCAUGCUCACAGGAUAUACAAUCGUCACCACAGUGAAUGUCGGUCUCGGCUUCGGCAAACACACAUCAAUGAUCACAGCAGACGGGGGCGCAACCCUCUUGACCAAAGUCCUGCUCAUCAACUAUAUCGAUUUCGCCUUUGGAAUCAUGUCCUUCACGACGCCAAAACUCGCCAUCGCCGCCCUCCUAAAUCGGAUCAUGAAUCCCGGCAGAUUCCAUCGUGUCUGGCUCUGGGUGCUUACGGGCCUGGUAUUUGUCUCCUCGACUAUCUGUAUCGUCGUGCUCUUCACCAUGUGCGAUCCGCCCGAAGCGCUUUGGAAAAUCGAGCUCAUGGCCGCUGGCGCUACCUGUCGAUCGACCAGUAUUUUGGUCGGUUACGCAAUCUUCACAGGAGGUGUCUCGGGCUUCGCCGACUUAUACCUCGCUAUCUAUCCGACUGUCGUCCUGAUGGGUCUUCAGAUUACAUUGAAGAGGAAGCUUGCCUUGUGCGCUGCGCUUGGUCUGGGUGCUGUGGCUUGCGCGAUGGCGAUCGUCAAAUGCUUCCAGCUUCCAAGUUUAUACGAUACGUCGGACUCAACAUUUGCCACGGCCGAUCUCGUCAUCUGGACAAGCAUCGAAUCGAACAUCAUAAUCAUGGCCUCGUGCAUCCCAACCCUUGGUCCCCUCUACGAAAUGAUGCUCGGCAAACGUUCCUGGAGCUCCAACCAGCGCUACUACUACAAGGAUAAGGGCAGCGCAAACCAAGGGCCAUCUACUUCAGAGCGGCACACCAAACGAUCGAAUUUUACCGCCGACAAGGAUGCUGACCUUUUUACUACGAACAUCGGCACAACUCGGGAAGGUAGCCAGGAGAGUAUCCUGCGACCGGAUUUGACCCAUGGGGCGCACCUUGCUGGUCGGAUUCAGCGGACGGAUCAGGUUGUUGUGGAGUAUGAGAUGCGGCCGAUGGAUGUUGGGAGGGCUAUGUGA